UUUAUUAACACCUCUGAUUCAAAUAUAUAUUUAAUUGAUAACGCUUCCUUAAUCUUAACAACUGUGAAAAGAGAAACGCCUUGAUAACGGUAAGCUCGUGAUAGCUUUAUUGGUGCAACUCUAAAAGAAAACAAUGCAACGACCACAACGACGAUCGUAUAGAUUGGCACAAUGAAUAUAUAUUUGUUUGAUUGCUUUAUUAGAGCUUUGUGUAAUAUUUUGCGCCAUUGCGUGGUGCAAAGAUCUCGAGACACAAAUAAUUUUGCAAAACGUUUUACAUCAUUCGAAGCCUUUCGAUGAGGAAACUCUAGGAAAAUUCUAUCAAAAUUUGUAAAUUUUAUUUUCAUAUUUAUUCCGCAUGUUUUUUUUUUAUUGAAGACUGCCAAGAUAAAAAGAGUUACGUUGUGCUUGCAUAAAGAACGUAUAGGAAAAAAAAAUUCGAUAUUGACUACUUGACACGUGAAGUAAAUUCAUCGCGUGACAAUUGACGUAUGAUAAUCUCAGGUUGAUUAAUUUUUAUUAUUUUAAAACCUGUUUUUUUUUAUAGGUCAUAGUAUCACGUGCGGAAACAGCGAUAGACGACACGUAUGAUCGACUGACAGACGUGGUUUUCCCCCCUUAAGAUUCAACCCUCAAUAAGCACUCGAGCUUCACCGAGAAGAGGAAAGAAAAAAAAAGAAAAAGAGAAAUAGUUAUAAGCCAAAGCACACGAUUACAAGCGGCAGAUCUGAGAUCAGUUGGAUUCGUCCUACAAUACGUCCGCCAGGCGGUCGAACGUUUCUAGAAGCUCCCGACUCCCGAGGCGUUGACGGGACACGUCGAUCACAGAAACUUUAGACAGCUACAUGCGGACGUCGGGCCGCGAUGUACAUACGUACAAGUAAAGUACGUGGUGGCGCGUACGCGUUUUCUCCUUCUCAGGUAAAAAUCAAUAACACGGCUGCGCGACGUACAUGUUACAUACGUGGGGUGCACGUACGUAUACACGGUGAUCCGCGGAAACCCGCCGGAGCCGUGCGACGACGUUUACUAUACCGUGUGACAGCUCGUGUCGCUCGUGUGGAUCGCCGGUCCCGGUGUCGGGCGACAGGCGACCAGGACCAGGCGAGAGUCCCCAGGGAGUCGGUCCCGGCGCGGGAUCUACGAUACGGCUUAGAGAAGAGAAUUAUUAAACGCACACACGCUCUCGAUGCACGCACUCGGCACUCGGCACUCGGCAGUCGGCACACACGGCACGUCCUCCGCGCGAGCGAAAACGCGAGAACGCACUGAGUCAAGUAUGUUGGUGUACCGCGGUCCACUUUCGUGUCGCACGCGCGUCUCUCCCGAGCGCUCGCCACCGCCGCUGUUCGCGGACGGAAGGUCGAUCGACCCGACCCGACCCGACGGGACCGGGGACGAGCGAGACGUAUCGAGCCGGGCCGCGAAGGAGGACUCGGCCGAGUCGGUCCCGGCAACUCCGGCAGUUGCGAGUUGAGACUUGCGACAAGUAGCGCCGCGCCGAGGGAUGCGUGUGCGUGAUGCGUAUAUGGGUCGUAUGGGUAUGGGUACUCCAAAAGCUAUCGGGCUGAUCGUGACACUGUUCUGAAUCGAAUCCGAAUUCCUUAUUGAUUUCAAGAUGGUUUUCUUCGGUAGCCCGCGAUAAGCCCGGAUAACUCCAGAUACGAGUACGAUAUCUGGACGUGUAUCAGUAGUUUUAUUUCGAAAUAUAAGGAAAAACGAUGAGAAGAGACUCUGAUUAAAUGCAUGUGUAAAAGAUACAAAACACUUAGGAUAGGAAUACUUUUUACAUCUUAGAGAUGAAAAAAUUAAUUUUUAAUACAUUAAUACACAUAUAUCUUUUGUACUGUAGGUACUUUAAAUGAAAAAGACAAUGCGAGAUGAGAUUGCGGAUAUCGUUGACCGUAGCGAGAGUUCUGUCUUCGGUCUGUCUCUGUCAUGUAAAAUCGUGCCGCGAGACAUAACCUGCAAUGCCGAGGGGAUUUAACCGACCGGCGGAGAGCGGCGCGUCGCCGCCCGAGAAGACGAUCUGUCCGUCGCCGGAAGAGCUGAGCGUGAUAAACAACAAUGUCAGGUGCGAGCAGUGCGGGCUCGUCUUCAGGAACGAGCCGCGCUGCCGGUUGCACGACCUCAAGGUGCACCAGCACAAAAAGUUGGAUAAAAUUGCCAAGGAAAAUGCGCGAUAUCACUGCCCGGUGGAGUCGUGCGUCUACGCGGUCACGUCCCACAGAUACUUCAGCACCAUGAAAUACCUCAAGCAGCAUUAUUUGAAAGUACACGCGGAAAAAAAUUAUGCGUGCGAUCGUUGCGGCAAAAGCUUCUCCACCGAAUCCGCUAAGAAAGGGCAUGCAAGAGUCUGUGGCGUAGAGUUCGCGUGUUCCUGCUCAAAGACUUACAUCACGUACGAAGCGUUGCUCACGCACGCAAAACGAUCUCUGCACGCUAUAACGGAGAAAUAUAAAAACUCAAGACACACCACGUCUAAGACAGUGCGACGCGUUUUACCAAGAGGACGUAUGAGCAAACCCAUCACGAUACUGCCCACGCCGGAUAAAUCUGGAAAAAACAGCGAGGAUACCGAUGUCGCGACAAAAAGUACAUCCGAUGUCGGAGUACAGACGGACGACUAUAAAAGAAGCAGCAAGAAGAUGUCGAAUCCAUCGAACGUCAACAAUAACAAUCUGCACAAUGCGAAACGUCGAAUAUCUAAGCAAACGCAGACCAAUAAUCUGUCCAAGGAAAAAACCUCCGGGAAAUCGAUAGAAACGCAAACACCACAAGCGAACUCGAAAGACUCGUCCAAGAUGCAUAAACGCGGUGGAAGGUGUCGCGCAUUAUCAAAACAAUCGGAACAGACGUUGCUCAAGGAGGAACUCAAUCUCGGCGACACGUUCGCGUCGGGCACGUUAUUCCCGGCUAGUCCGCUGCCACUUCGCCACGAUGUGGGCUUGCAGGAUUUCUGGGAGAAGAAUACUUCAAGCACGCAAACGAUACCCGAGAAGGAUAUGUUCGAGGCAUUCAACGAUAACGUGACUCAGACGGAAUUCGAGACAUUUUACAGCCACAGUCAUAAUCCUUUGAUACAGGGCGUACCGAAAAGCACAGUGGCUUUAAUGACGUUGCCUUAUGUCGAAGACACGUCGGCGGUUGAAGGAUAUUCUUUCGCUUCAACCGACGGGAUGUCUCAAGCUGAUCCUAUGCUAACCGCCAAGACAUUUGACGACAGAUUUAGCAGCAUAGAAACGCAAACCGAGCAAGCCUUUUCCCCAUCGUACUUUUAUUCCGAAUCUCUGUCGAGAUCGUUUGCCCUGAGUUCAAACAUCGAGACGCAAACCACGGACAAUCUGGACAACAUGGAGCAACUGCUGUACAGCAAUACGUACACUCAGACAUGCGACAAAAUGCUGUCCUCCGAUUUAGGGUUGUCCGACAUACAGACUCAAACUGCUUGGUCGCACGACGACACUACCGUUUCUACCGAGACUCAAACAAAGUCCCUGAUUUGUGAGACUGAUUGCAACAUUCCCACGGGAGCUUGCAGAUCCUGGUUAAAUACACAAACGAGUCACACCGAAACGCAGACUGAUCUAUUCAAUAUUUUCGAGGGAUUUGGAUAAGUUAUGUUCACACACCGUGACU